CCUCGCUCUCCCGGUGUAGGGCGGGCGGGCGCUGCGGCGACCGCGGCUGCUGCUUCCUCGGGCCAUUUUGCUGAGGAGAGACGGGGAGGAGGAGCCGCCGAGGAGACCCGAGCCGAGGAGCGGCGAGCCGGAGGAGGCGGCGGCGGCGGCGCGGGCACGGGCUUUCCUCGAUCGCGGGGAUCUCGAGGGGCGAAGGGAUCGCCGGGGAGCGGGACCGGAGAGCCGCGCCUGCCGCGCGGCGCGCCCCUUCCCGCCCCCUGCACCAUGAGCUGGGGCACCGAGCUCUGGGAUCAAUUUGACAACUUAGAAAAACACACACAGUGGGGAAUUGAUAUUCUUGAGAAAUACAUCAAAUUCGUAAAGGAAAGGACAGAGAUUGAACUCAGCUAUGCAAAGCAACUCAGGAAUCUUUCGAAGAAAUACCAACCUAAAAAGAACUCAAAGGAGGAAGAAGAAUACAGGUACACGGCGUGUAAGGCUUUCCUUUCCACCCUGAACGAGAUGAAUGAUUACGCGGGGCAGCACGAAGUUAUCUCUGAGAACAUGACCUCCCAAAUCACGGUGGAGUUAGCACGCUAUGUCCAGGAACUGAAGCAGGAGAGGAAAUCGCACUUUCAUGAAGGACGGAAGGCACAGCAGCAUAUAGAGACUUGCUGGAAGCAACUAGAAUCAAGCAAAAGGCGAUUUGAGCGGGACUGCAAAGAGGCCGACCGAGCCCAGCAGUACUUUGAGAAGAUGGAUGCUGACAUAAACGUUACAAAAGCAGAUGUCGAAAAGGCACGACAACAAGCUCAACUCCGUCACCAGAUGGCAGAGGACAGCAAAGCAGAUUACUCAUCAAUUCUUCAGAAAUUCAACCAUGAGCAGCAUGACUAUUACCACACUCACAUUCCCAACAUCUUUCAGAAAAUACAAGAGAUGGAGGAGAGGAGGAUAGGGAGAAUUGGAGAAUCAGUCAAGACGUAUGCUGAACUGGACCGGCAGGUGAUUCCAAUCAUUGGGAAAUGCUUGGAUGGAAUAGUAAAGGCAGCCGAGUCAAUUGACCCGAAAAAUGAUUCACAGCUGGUGAUAGAAGCUUAUAAGUCUGGGUUCGAGCCUCCCGGAGACAUUGAAUUUGAGGAUUUCACUCAGCCGAUGAAGCGUACCGUGUCCGACAACAGCCUUUCGAAUUCCAGAGGAGACGGCAAAUCAGAGCUCAAAUUUGGGGGCAAAUCCAAAGGAAAGUUAUGGCCGUUCAUCAAAAAAAACAAGCUUAUGUCCCUUUUAACAUCCCCCCAUCAGCCUCCCCCUCCCCCUCCUGCCUCUGCCUCACCCUCUGCUGUUCCCAACGGCCCCCAGUCUCCCAAGCAGCAAAAGGAACCCCUCUCCCAUCGCUUCAACGAGUUCAUGACCUCCAAACCCAAAAUCCACUGCUUCAGGAGUCUAAAGCGUGGGACUCAGUCUCUCUGUUUUCACAAAGAACUCAUGAAGAGGACGAUAGGGAAACCCACGUAUGCUUUUGAAGCUAGGGAGUAUGUUCUUUCUCUCAAGCUGGGGGCGACACCGGAAGAUUUUAGCAACCUCCCACCCGAACAGAGAAGGAAAAAGCUGCAACAGAAAGUCGACGAAUUAAAUAAAGACAUUCAAAAGGAGAUGGAUCAAAGAGAUGCCAUCACAAAAAUGAAGGACGUCUACCUGAAGAAUCCACAGAUGGGAGACCCCGCCAGUCUGGAUCACAAAUUAGCAGAAGUUGGCCAAAACAUAGAAAAACUGAGACUAGAGGCCCAGAAGUUUGAGGCCUGGCUGGCCGAGGUGGAGGGCCGGCUCCCCGCACGCAGCGAUCAGGCCCGCCGGCAGAGUGGGAUGUACGACCUGCAGAACCCACCUGCGGUCAACAAUUGUGCGCAAGACCGGGAGAGCAGCCCAGAUGGCAGUUACACGGAGGAGCAGAGCCAGGAGGGUGAGGUGAAGGUGCUGGCCACGGAUUUCGACGACGAGUUUGACGACGAGGAGCCCCUUCCUGCCAUAGGGACCUGUAAAGCCCUCUACACAUUCGAAGGUCAGAACGAAGGAACCAUCUCGGUGGUGGAGGGGGAAACACUGUACGUGAUCGAGGAGGACAAAGGCGACGGGUGGACCCGCAUCCGCAGAAACGAGGAUGAAGAGGGCUACGUCCCCACGUCAUACGUCGAAGUCUAUUUGGACAAAAAUGCCAAAGAUUCCUAAAGGUGGUUCCGGGAGCCAGAGCCUCGGGUGAGCCCUCCCAGGAGAAACCCUUCGGUCCGCUUGUCUCCACAGGCCUGGGCGCCCGGGGAACAGACCGCCUGGGGCUGGGCUGGCACAGUGUGGCCCUCGGAACCUCCGCCUGAAGUGACGUCCCCACGCCGUGCAGCCGCUUGCCUUUUUCUCUCUUUGUUUCUUUGUUUCUUUCUUUCUUUUUUUUUUUUUUUUGACAGCAUGUUCCUCGUGGCCCAGCUCCUCCCCUGGCCCAGGGCGGCCACCUCUGCAGGUGGCAGGUCUGUCCCUGUCCUGGUCCCCCAGCCCUCACGCGUGGCCCCUCCUUUCCCAGGGGCCCUGCCUCGGCCCUCAGUCCACUGGGCGCGUCCCGGCCCGUCCAGGGUUCACACUGUGCCUUUUGCAAAAACUUUGCCACUGGUCUCCUGGGGAGACCAACAGAAUCUGGACGAGGAGGGCCGGGCCUGCGCCAGGGUGACUGGGCGCCCCGGUCCCCGAUGUGCUCCCGUUAGAAAAUACUCGUCUCUUCCCAAGGCCUGUGAGGAGCCAGGGGUCCCUUUCUGACUGUGGGUCCUCACCUCUUACUAAACGUUGGCCCUUGCAGCGUUUCCCGGCCUGAGAGUGUCCGUGGAGCGCGCACACACACACACACACACACACACGCACACAUGCACACACACAUGCUGUUUGGGCUCUGUCUGGAAGAGUCCACACCGGAAGUCAAAUUCCAGCUUUUGUAAAAAGACCAAAAAAAUAUAGAUAAAAUUCCAGCUCUUGGGCCAGCGCCGCAGUCUUGCCCGUGUCCACCUUCCAUGGGGUCAAGGAAGGUGCCAGCCCACUUCGCCCCGAGGUCCCCCUGUUCGCGGGAAGGGCAGCUCGUGACCGAGCGUCUCAGCUCUGCAUUAGCUCAUUGCCAAGGGCAAACGCCCCCCUUUCCACCAUCUCCAACUCCCGCGUUGUAGUGUUCUAGUACUUUCCUCACCCCCUGCUUCUCGUGGUCCCAUCAAGUGAUCAUGUGGUUGGAGCGUCUGCGUUUUACCACGUGCUCUCCGGGCCACGCGGAAUUCAUCGAGUUUGGUUUUGAGCUAAAUUUCCUUCCGCUUACGGAUCUUUGAGGAAACGUGAGGUCAUGGAGCCCGUGGCCACUCAUGCCUUAGAGUUGCUUCUCUCCUUUCCUGGUGCAGAAACAGUCAAGGGAGAUCCUUGGCUGUGAGUUUCUGGAACACGAUGCCGUCAGAAGCCCAGCGAUGCACUCGGGCAUCUUUCUCCUUUUGUUCGGCUUUUGGUAACCGCGUGGUCACCUGGGGGACGCCCAGGGCUCCCCAAUGCUUGCGAAUCUAAGACCAGGUCUUAGAGGAGCCUAAGGGACAGGGACAGAAAGGACAGGUCCUGAGGGUUGGGCCUUCGUUCAGGGGUAGGAAGAGGGUUCCUUUCAGCAAACCCCAGGGUUGACCACACUCCAGCCUCCGGAAGCGGCUCAGUUAACCCUGGUUGGCAAGAGACCACCAGCCAGCGAACGCCAGGAACAAACAGGGGAAGAGGAAGUGGCUUCCGAUUUGAGCGAGUGAGCCUGAAUCCUCUUUCACUCUUUCUUCCCCAGCCGUGGGCAUCUGGGCGCUGCUCCAUCAGCACCCCCGGGCGGGGGGGCGGGGAGGGGGGCGGCCCCAUCCUCGCAUGCUCCUUGGUUGAGAGAAGACCAUCUUGGCUGAUGACAGUGAAGCCAGGAGGCCAAAAGGCGAGUAGAGUCAGGGCCUCACCUGUGUCCCUGCAAACCAGCAGGGGCGCGGUCCCUACGGGCCAUCCCAGUGGCCCCACCAAAGGCUCCUCUGUCAGUGGGGUGGCCAGAUGUCUCUAGGAACUUCUGAAUUUCACCAAGUCAAGCUGCCCACUCUCCACUCCACAAGGAUUCUAAAUGUUUUUUUUUUUUUUUAAUCUGAUUUUAGAACCUCGGUAAUGCAUGUGCAUUGCGUCUUUCAUAUUAGGGGCCAGGAUAGAUUAAUGUUUUACAACAUAGAGGAAAAGAUAUAAGCUGCAGUAAUUUGUUCUUUUUGGUGUCCAUUAAACCCAAUAUAGAGUAUGCUGGUAUCCUCUUGUGUUCCCUGUGCCUUUUUUUUUUUCCUCUCCUGUACCACUUGCGUCCAAAAAGGAAUGGAUAACAAGUGCUUUUCAAUGUUAACUUUGGUGUUUGCUUCUCCACCGUCUGUGUGGCAAUGGGGAGAGGGCAGGCCUGUAUCAGCUGAGCUUAUUAGAGGAAAUAAGUUAUUAUAGGAUAGUUGAGAUAUUACCAUUUUCUCUGGGAAUCCUACUGUGAAAUCAUCUAUGUAUUAUUACGGAGCAGUUCACUUAGAGUAGAACCUGGAAUUUCUCACGUGCUUCUCAGCCCUCCCUCGUCUCCUCUGCCCGUCAUUUCUCCUCCGAUGCUAGAACAUUGUUGUAAGAAUGACUCAUUUUUUAAAGAAGCUGCCCUUAAAAUAACUUAAAAAAAAAAAAGAGAGAGAGAGAGGAACUUGUCAUUUACCCAAUUUUUCCUUUGCAGGAUGGGAAGCAAGAAAAAGGCAUGGGAAGCUGUAAUGGGAUUUUUUUCCUUUGGGUUUUUAUCAGAUCAUCUUGAAGCUUUCAGGUUGUUAAGACAGAGGAGCCUGUCUCCCAGCGGUAGCGCGGAGGCCUCUAAGGCCGUUUGGUCACAUCUGUAAUUACUGAGGAAAAGUUAACCGAACAUGAAAAAGUUAUGCUGAUGUUAAGUAUUUUCCCAGAGAAGUCGAUUUCACACUUCCUAAUGGCUCUGCCUCCUGUGCUUCUGUCAUCAGAAAACCUCUUGAAGAAGUGAUCCAAAUUUCUGUUUUAACCUGAUCUUGGGCAACCGCUAAACUUCAGGGUUUAUUUGUGUGUGUGGCACGAAUUCUACCCUUUGGAGGCAUUUCGGUGUUGCGAUGGCCCAUUGCCGUUGUAAAGGUUCUGGAAUGGCCCCUGUGUCUCUGGAGAUGGAAUUAAACCAAAUAAAGUGCUUCCAUUGGAAGGCUUCUAUUGACCUUGUAACUAUCUGUUAAUCCUCUAAAUGUUAAAUAAAAGUAUAACUUCUGGCACGGUUA